AUGCAGGUUUGUGCUGAUUACGAUUGUUUCUACGCGCAGGUCUUUGAGAACAAGAAACCAGAGCUCAAGAAGUUCCCUGUGGGCGUUAAGCAGAAGAAUUGCCUGGCAACAUGCAACUACAACGCUCGUGCCCGUGGUCUCACAAAGCUCAUGUCCGUUUCCGAAGCCAAACGCAAGUGCCCAGAGCUCGUCCUUGUAGACGGUGAAGAUCUCACACCCUUUCGUGACAUGAGCAAGACAUUAUUCAACUUUUUCAAAUCCUUCUCUUGGAAUAAUAAGGCCGAGCGUUUAGGAUUUGAUGAGGUUUUCAUGGACGUAACAGACAUCAUUGAAUACAACCUUGCCUGCCUGAAUCUGGAGUUUUUGGAAAAUUCUUUCUUUUUCCUUUCUAAAAAUGACCCUGAACGGGGUUUCCAGUGCGAUCUAACGAGCGUCGCGGGCUGUGUUGAGGGCACAGCCUCUCCAACCCCUGACACAAAAGAACCGGCUUAUUUGCGCCUCGUAUUAGGAUCUCAUCUUGCCCAGUUCCUACGACUUCAAGUGGAAGAAAAGCACGGCUUUACCUCCACCUGCGGCAUCUCAACUAACAAGAUGCUUAGCAAGCUUGUGGGUAGCAAGAAUAAGCCUCGCAAUCAAACAACGCUACUAGCGACUACCGAGGACGAGGUGAUUGCCUUCGUAGACACCCAUAAGCUGCGAAAGAUACCUGGGCUAGGAUUCAAGACUGUUCACGCGCUAGGAACCCAUGCCGGCGCUGACAUGAGUAAAGGCAUCUCUGAAAUUCCUGAGUUGAGUGAUAACCCCGUUACCGUCGCCGAUGUUCGCCUCCAUCCCAGUAUCUCGCCCUCAACUAUAGAGACUCUAUUGAUGGGACCUGGAGCAGAGAAGGGGGUAGGUACACGAAUCUGGGGCCUUCUCCACGGAGUUGAUGGAACUGAGGUAAAGGAAGCCAGUGACGUGCCUAGUCAGAUUAGCAUCGAGGAUACUUACAAGGGCUUGGAUGCCAUAACACAAAUUACAGAAGAACUCCACAAGCUGUCUUGUUCUCUUAUUCGCAGAAUGAGAAUAGACCUUCUUGUGACUGAGCCUGGAACAGACACUCAGGGAGCACAAAAAUGGAUUGCUCGACCCAAGACUUUGCGCUUGUCACUCAGGUCUUGGGCAUAUUUGCACUCAGCGCAAGGCCAGGCAUAUGGUCGAGUCUCUCGCUCGGGACCCUUGCCAAACUAUGUGUUUGGCUUCAAGAAUGACAUAGAAUAUAUCGCAGAAAAGCUCGUCUCUGAUGCCCUGCUACCGUUGUUACGACGCUUAUCGCCUGAAAGGGGGCAGCGGUGGAAUUUGCAGAUGCUCAAUAUCUGUGUGGCAAAUAUGGUAUUUGGUGCAGCGGAUGACAAAACGGGAGUGGGCAGGGACAUUUCUGUCAUGUUUAAACGUCAGGAUGAAGUGCUGAAGCCUUUUCAGAUAAAAGAAGAACAAGACGUUGGACAGGGCGAAGAGCAUGAACACCCUGUGUCAGAAGGCGAGGAUGAGGAUGGCGAAGACGACGACGAUGAUUGGUAUAUAGGGGAUAAUGCAUCAUGUCCUCUCUGCGGAAAUUCUAUCCCGAUGUUCGCUGUACCAGCACACCAAAGAUAUCAUGAAAUGGAAGGAUCUUGA